CGCAUGCAGCUCCUAUGAGGCCCCUGCCGCCGGUCGGCGAUGUCCGCCUGGAGUUGUCGCCUCCGCCGCCGGUGCCGUUACCGGCUGUGAGCGGGUCUGUGGUCGGCUCGUCCGGGCGUCUCAUGGCCGCUAGCAAAUCUCUGGUGCCCGACCGGCUGCGCCUGCCGCUCUGCUUCCUUGGUGUCUUUGUCUGCUAUUUCUACUAUGGGAUCCUGCAGGAAAAGAUAACAAGAGGAAAAUAUGGGGAGGGAGCCAAACAGGAGACGUUCACCUUUGCCUUAACCCUAGUCUUCAUCCAGUGUGUGAUCAAUGCUGUGUUUGCCAAGAUCUUGAUCCAGUUUUUUGACACUGCCAGGGUGGAUCGUACUCGGAGCUGGCUCUAUGCUGCCUGUUCUUUGUCCUAUUUGGGUGCUAUGGUCUCCAGCAACUCAGCACUACAGUUUGUCAACUAUCCAACUCAGGUCCUUGGUAAAUCCUGCAAGCCAAUCCCAGUCAUGCUCCUUGGGGUGACCCUCUUGAAGAAGAAGUACCCAUUGGCCAAGUACCUGUGUGUGUUGCUAAUUGUGGCUGGAGUGGCCCUUUUCAUGUACAAACCCAAGAAAGUAGUUGGGAUGGAAGAACACACAAUCGGCUAUGGAGAAUUACUCCUGCUAUUGUCUCUGACCUUGGAUGGACUGACAGGUGUUUCCCAGGACCACAUGCGGGCUCAUUACCAAACAGGCUCCAACCACAUGAUGUUGAACAUCAACCUUUGGUCGACAUUGCUUCUAGGAGCUGGAAUCCUGUUCACUGGGGAGCUCUGGGAGUUCUUGAGCUUUGCUGAAAGGUACCCAAUCAUCAUCUAUAAUAUCCUGCUCUUUGGCCUGACUAGUGCCUUGGGUCAGAGCUUCAUCUUCAUGACAGUUGUGUAUUUUGGUCCCCUGACCUGCUCAAUCAUCACGACAACUCGGAAGUUCUUCACUAUUUUGGCCUCUGUGAUCCUCUUUGCCAACCCCAUUAGCCUCAUGCAGUGGGUAGGCACUGUGCUUGUGUUCCUGGGUCUUGGUCUUGAUGCCAAGUUUGGGAAGGGAGCAAAGAAGACAACCCACUAGGAAGAGAGAGACUACCUCCACUCCAAGAAUACUUAAGUUAUUAUCUCCAACAGUGACAUCUCCUGGGAAAAUGGACUUAGUAGUGAUAAGGAACUGGGUUCCAGAUUUUGUUUGUUUUUUGUUUUUGUUUUUUUUUUUUUUAAUCAAAGGAAGCAAAAUCACAUAUUCUAAAAAAAGCUCUUGGAUUUUCACAAGAUGAGUGGGCAGUUUCUGUUCUUGAUCAACUGGGGCAUAGUCUAGUACAAAUAAAAAGAGAAGGAAGAGGCAGGGGUCUGCUCGCAUCCCACUCUGCCCCUGGCCGCUCUCUUAGGUGUGGGUGGCAUGGUUGUCCAAGUUAUUCCCCAAGAGUCUGAGCAUGAUAAGGUAGAACCUUGAGAGAUUGUAUGAUUGUAUGGCUGUGCCAGCAGUCUCUGUUCCUGUGGGCAAAGCUCUGAAUAUGCUAUGACAGGUGGCUGUUUUGUUAUAGCUACAGAUGUAGGCAUCACUUCUUAAGUUUGGGUGGGCAAGCAUGUCAUGAAAAACCGAAGGUAUAUUCUCUCCUUAUGAAGUACCUCAAGGUUAGGGUUAAAUGAACCCAGAUUCCCAGAGUUUGCUAGUUUUUCUCUUUUCCCCACUGCCUCUCUCAGCCAAAGCAUGACAGAGAGACCCCAUGCAUGUAAAAAACAUAAACAGCUUUGGAAAGUC